AUGUCCAGCAGAUUCUUGCUCCAUCUCCUGGGGUUCUGGCUGCUACUGAGCCAGCCUUGCGGGGCGCGCGUCUCGGAGGAGUGGAUGGACCAAGUCAUUCAGGUGUGCGGCCGGAGAUAUGCCCGUGCGGUGUUCGAAAUCUGCGGGACCUCCUUGGGAAGACUGGCUUUGAGCCCGGGGGAGUCAGCUCUGCAAUAUCGGCCAACGACAGAAACUGUGCCAUCCCUCAUCAACAAAGAUGCAGAGCCUCUAGAUAUGUUUAAGUGCCUUCCAAAUUUGUCACAGGAGCCCAAGGCAGCACGGUCUGAGGGGAAUCCAUCAUUACCAGAGCCACAACAAUAUGCACCUGCCUUGAGCAAUUCAGUUGGUAGCUUGGAAGGCUUUAAGAAAAGUUUCCAUAAUCCACAAGGUGAAGCAGAAGACAGCAGUCCUCCAGAACUUAAAUACUUACGCUUGGAUACUCCUUCACGGAAAAAGAGGCAGUCCGGUUUAUGGCUGAGUGAGCGAUGCUGCCACAUUGGUUGUCCCAGAAGAUCUAUUGCCCAGCUCUGCUGA